AUGACUUCGUGGAUGACAGACUGGGCUGAGAAAGGCGGUAACCUUUUAAACUCCCUGGAUAGUCAUGUGGCCAACUUUCUCCAGACUGCCGAUUCGGUGGUUGUGCAUCCCCCGGUCAUCCCUCCAAGGAAACUAACAUCUCCAAGAAUCGUUGAAAUUACAAAAGCCGGUAUCGCCUCACCGAUAGCACCCGAAGGCGCUUCAUCCAAGCAGUGCGUUACUGACACUACAGAUGUCCAGUUAUUUGAGUUUCUCAACAAUCCCGCUCCCAUGGAACAAGCCAUCUCGUCGCUAAACGCCUCACUUCCCGCGCCAUCGUCACAGCAGCCGCUGCAACCGCAAUCGCAGGUAUCGGUGUCGAAUACCUCCACAGACGCAGCAACAGAAAACCGCCUGUUGCAUCAGGAGGUGGCCUCAUUGAACCAGGAGAUCGCGGAACUGGUGAAACGCAAUAAACGUGCUGAAAGCGAGGCACAACUGCGAAACGAGGAGAUAGACAGUCUUCAAAGACAAGUGCACUCAUGGAAGACGCGCCUGGACGAGAUGAAGAUGGCCCUUCAGCGGUCGAAUUCAACAUCAUCCAAUGACAUGGGAAAAAUUAAGGACCUUGAGGCCAAAGUGGAGAAGCUCACAAAAACUCUGACAGUGACACGAAAAGCCCUGGAAGAAAGCGAAAACAAAGCCAGCGAAGCGCUUAAAUUGGCUGAUCUCUCGUCGGGUCGUGUGGAACAGCUUCAACAAGAUGUCUCACGUCUGACGCGUUCGCUGGCCACGUACAAGGAGAAGGCAACUGCCAUUCUCUCAGACAAGGAGAAGGUCAUCUCCGACCUCCAGGACCAACUGAAUGCGAGUGGCAGUGAUGCUGACGGGACGUCCUCACAGUAUGUCGAUGAAAAUCUGCGGAGAGAGUAUGAGCAGCUGCGCGAGGAGACGAUCUCCUUGCGGCAAGAGGCUGAACAGCGACUCAUGGCAGCCUCGGAAAUGGAGGAACGGGCCUCUGAGGAACACGCCUCACUGCGGCGCACUAUCAAUCUGUUGAACCAGCAGCUUCAACUGGAAAAGCAACUAGUGACGGACUCCGACGCACAGAUAAUCGAGCUGCAGCGUCGCCUGACCGCAGCCGAGGAGGCUGCGAAGCGCAAAGAGGCGACAACAGCCUCCCAAUUGCAGUCUGCCGAGGCGGAGGUCGCGCGUCUCCGUCAGUGUCUCUCGUCUGAGGCCUCUCCCAACAUGCUGCGCUCUUCCAUUUCCGCACAAUCACCAUCAGAGCAGCCUCAACCGCGUGCUGACGUAGAGGUGCGCGUUUUUGAGCUGGAGGCACGGAUCCGACAACUCAAUGACAGUUUACUCACCAAACAGGACUCACUGGAGGCUACGCUGGUUCAAAAUCACGCUCUCAAGAUUCGACUGGAACGGUUGGAAGCCGAGUGUGAUGCCCACCUCUUGGAAACUGGAAGUACGCGAUCCCCGGCAUUUCCCGGUGGGUAUGCCCAACUUCCCCAGAACUCUCCCUCAAAGCCACCGCAUGGCUUUGCUCGCCUCCACCUCAUCGAUACCUCGCUUCCAGCCUGGCUACGAGGAGGCGUGAGCGCCGUGGACGAUUGGAUGAUUCGUUUGGUGGCGAUGCUUCGGCGGCGACCGCUGAUUCGUUUGCUGUUGAUCCUCUACCUCGGUGUCUUCCACGUCUGGCUCCUCUGUACCCUUAUCUUUUUCGCUCCGCCCCUCUCAUCUCCGCAUGCACCACCUCCGCCUCCACUACCACCACGUCUUCCCUGA